UUGGUGCUCUAGUAUUAGCUGUCACAGGGGUUGGGAAUUCAUCUGCGCCUGUUAAACCUCCACAACAACUCUGCCAGUCUCUGGAAAUUGUCAAUACGUCCAAUUCAAUUUUCAUAGCUGCUGCCUCAUUGAAAUCCUAGCACAUAGUGUAGCUUGCAGGCAUGUUCUCGCCUGCCAGACCUGACAGCUAUCGACAGUUAGAUGCAGUGGUCAGCGGGGACGCCGGACAAUACUGUAGCAGUUAGCACCCUUUAGGCUGUGUGACUUUGGAAUCAAUGUAAUGGAAAGAUUAAGAGACCUAUCCGUGCUCCUCUGAUAAAUAGAUUACAAGGGAUUGGCUUAUAUAAAGUCUGUGGCUACAACUGCUGCUUUGUUGCUUCCCCCCUCCUUAAAGUCAGCUUAAGAGGGGGCUGGUUUGAAAUGAUCUAACCCUUUCCCUUACUAGCAGAUCUGCACUGUUGUGAGCAGCGACGUUCUACAACUUGUCCUACCGGUCAUUGCCUGCACUGGUUGGGACUUUACCUGACUUGGGCCCUUUGUACAUGGAAUACGAGGAAGACGAUGAUGACAUCCUCUUUGCAAAGUGGAUGAGCAGCUUUUGGGGACAUUCUGGAAUUGAGGAUAAUGAUAAAGAUGUCAGGAACCACAGAAAGCGACAGUCGCGGCCUCUUUCAGAAAGGAGAGCAUCCCUUCCAUGUCCGGCCCAGCUUACUGCAAUGCACGCGGCUCGAUUCCACUCGGCCUCUAAGGCGCCGUCUCCAGUCUACCUUAAGGGCUUCAAGGAACCUCGAGAGGACAAGGACAGCAAAAGCAACAGCCAGAGCAAGAUAAGUAAACUGUUCUCAGUGGAAACCUUAGUGCCUGAGAGCAAAGAACAGAAAAAACGAUCCAAUUCUAUACAGGAAUUCUCAGAAUCAUUUGAUAAGCAGCUGCGCUUUCGGACAAAACGCUCCACAUCUCUGGGGGAGCACUCAAUACCACGGAGGAACUCUUCCUGCAGAGAGAAGGAUGAAGAUGAGGACCCAUGUGUCAUUUGUCAUGACGACCUCCACACUGGUAGUAUCUGGGAAUUGCAUUGUAUGCACAGAUUCCAUAAAGAGUGCAUAGAGAAGUGGCUGUGCAAGAAACUGACGUGCCCAACGUGCCGCGUCCAGGUCAUCGCAUCCAAGUCCUUCUUCUUGUCCUCUGCGCGAAUGAAAGUGCCAUGAGGCAAGACAUCUGUUCAGACGCAAAGCUUACAAGGCCAGCACUCUUUGUUACCAGCCAGCUAUGCAGCACAUUUGUCUCUUUUUUUAUGUAGGACAGAAUCUUGUUUUUACAGCAAAAUAAUAUUUUGUGGUACUUAAUGUCCUAGAAUGAGCAAUUUGGGUUUUUAUUAAGCAGUUUCACUGUAAAUAAAGUCACUUAUUUGAUACA